UCGAUGACCUCCUCGGCGCGCGCCCAGCAGAGGAGCGAGCAGAGCAGGCACCGGCGGCCGCCGGCGAGGACGCAUGGCCCGCCGCAAGUUCCGGCUGUCCGACAUGAUACCCAACGCCUGGUUCUACAAGCUCCGCGACAUGGGCGCCCACGGACGCGGCGGCGUCGGGGUGCAUCAUCGGUCCUCGUCGGCUCGGUCCUACCAGCAGCCGCCGUCGGCUAGGUGGAGCAUGGAGGCCGUGCAGCGGCCGCCGUUGUUGGAGCCGCCGGUCACGCCAACGAAGGAGUUGCCCCGUGCCCUGCUCCCUUGCAGGGCGUCAUACUACUACUCUACCAGAGACAGGGAGGUCCGGGCACCGCUGGCUCCGAAGCCGCCGAGGCUCAAGGACGCGCAAUCGCCGACGAGGAGCUCCAGGAGGCGGCACAAGGUGGGCCACGCGCCUGAAAAAAGAGGACCUGGGUCACCUCCCGCCUGCAGGAAGGAGCCCGUGGUCGGCGCGCUAGGCAGCUCUGGUGAUCGCGUCAACGGUGACAGGCCUGGCGUGGUGUGCAUACCUCAGCUGCGAGAUACUCGAGGACGGCGGCGAGGUAGACGGGGGCGCCGGAGCUGAUGCGCUGGGCGUAGCGGCGAGGGAGC